GCAGAGGAUGAAAGAGCAGAGGAUGUUGGAGCAGAGGAUGAAGGAGAAUGAUGGAGCAGAGGAUGUUGGAGCAGAGGCUGAGCUACACUCCUCCUCCUCCUCCUCCUCCUCCACCUCCUCCUCCUCCUGGAUGCGGCGCAGGGCGACAUCCAGCGCGGCGCCAUUUCUGCGGUUCAGCCUCCGGAAGCUCCUCCCCCUGGUGGUGGUGGUGGUGGUGGUGCAUCUUCAGCGGGAGAACCGACCGACAGACGCUCAUCCAGUCCGGUGAGGGAAAGCGCCCUGAGCUGCUGCGAGCCCCGGUCCAGAAAAACAUGGCCUCACCGAGGACAGUAACCAUCGUGGCCCUUUCUUUCGCCCUGGGCCUGUUCUUCGUGUUCAUGGGAACCAUCAAACUCACACCGAGGCUCAGCAAAGACGCCUACAGUGAAAUGAAAAGGGCCUACAAGAGUUACGCCAAGGCACUGCCGGGCCUGAAGAAGAUCGGGAUCAGCUCAGUCCUGCUCCGCAAGAUCAUCGGCUCUCUGGAGGUAGGCUGCGGCGUGGUGCUCACCCUCGUGCCGGGCAGGCCGAAGGACGUGGCCAACUUCUUGCUGCUGCUGGUCAUGCUGGCCGUCCUGUUCUUCCACCAGCUAGUGGGAGACCCCCUGAAGCGGUACGCCCACGCUCUGGUCUUUGGCAUUCUGCUCACCUGCCGGCUGCUCAUCGCCCGCCAGAGUGACGACCGGCCGGAGAGAGAGGACAGCAGAGAGGAACAGCACGUGAACGACCAGGAAAAGAACAAGGUCAAGCAGUCCUAAGAUCCCUCUUCCACUCUGGUCCAAGCCACAGCAAAGGGAAACUGAUGCACCUUUAUGGAUUGUAGUCAUUUGAAUUUGGAAGGAAACAGUCACUCCCAGUAAUAAAAGCCCUCACACAUCCCGCCCCCCCUGUCUCAUCCAGCUGGCUGACUGAAUACCCUCACCCACUCCUCUGCAACGUUAAUGUGAAACCAAGAACUCCUGACCCAUACGUCCUCUACAUAAACAUGGACAAUCUUACCUGUGGAAACUCUGAAGAGCUCAGCUCGUUGUAACAAUAGUCUAUCCCAUGUUCCCUAUUUAUUUCAGUCCUACACUGUGUUAAAGUUACUAGUGUUUUUUUUUGUUUUGAAUGAAGUGUACGUUUUGUUAAUGUUACAAGUUGAUUUGAGAAUGCUGUUUUUCAUGAAAGAAUCUUUGUAGCUUGUUUUUUCUAAUUUGUUUUUAUACUGUAUGUAGGAGAGACUGAUAAUUUAUGAAUUUCAAUAUUUCAAGCAUGUUUCCUCUGGUCAAGACAACAGAACAUAAACCAAACAGAGCACUGCUGAAAGGGUUUUGUACUAACUAACCGUACAUUGGGAAGUAUUACAUAGCCGCAUCUUACUUUGAUGCAAUGUGAACAGAAGGCUAUUUUAAAAAGAAAAAAUAUAUACAUCCUCAGUCAUAUUUCAUCUCUGCGGGUUUUUGCAGAAGUACAAAUGAAACCCAUUCUCCUGAGGUCAAAUAGGCUGAAUUCCCCUUUUCUCCUUUUAGUUCAGUGAACACAGUGAAGUUGUUCAGCUGGGAAGGACAGCAGCUGCUGCCUCAGGUGUCUGCUGCCAGCUCGUACAGCUGAGCAUCCAACUCAGUCUUUUUGUCUGUUAAAAUUGAACUUGACUUUUCUUUUUUAAUUCACAGUCUUAGAAUUCUUCUCUGUCUCGAAACGGCUCUGCUCAACCCUUUGGUUUUAUUGUUUUCCUCUCUAAAGAUUUGAAAAUCCUCAGGUUUGGGGAUUAAAAGUCAUCUAAAAAUUAUGUCAGAUUUGAGAUUGAAAAUAUUUCUGUAAAUGAUAUACUUCAAAUAAAGAAUUGGAGGUA